AUGUCAACCCCUGCAGACACCUCAACCACACUUCUCUACUACUCCUCCCUGAUCGCCUUAACCCAGCAUCUCUGCACCGCCCUCGAGGCCCUCCUGCCACACUUCACCUACCGCGGCCAGCGCUGGGCACACCGCCGAAUCGCCAGCGACGUCGACGAAACGCGUUUGAUGCUGCGCACAGCCGCGGCGAAUCUCGGAACGGUCACGUCCCUGGCUGAGGCGGUUCUGGGCGAUGAGGUUGCGCGGCCGAAUCGGAGUUUGGGCGUUUCGGCAAGGAGGGAGACGCUGGAGGAGGAGGUUGAUGUGCUGGGUGUCAGGAUUGGGGAUUUGGAGGUAAGGGUUGCGGAGUUGGUGAGCUUGAGGAGGACGAUGGUGGCGCUUGCAGGGUUGGAGGAUUGA